ACCCGCUUGGGAUGUUUUGGUGUCCCGUCCGAAUAAACUCUAAGGGUCUGAGACUGAAGGGGACAAGCGUGUCUGUGCAACUGUUAAUGCUUCACCACAGACAAGUUUACUGUCAGCGACCCUGUGUUUUAUCAAGAUGGGACCGAUGGGGUUGUGGAGGUUUCACAGGAAGUUGCUGCCGGCUGCUUGGCUGUGUUGUUUUCUGGCUGUUCAGGUAUACAGCUGUCCAGAAACCUGCAGAAAGUGUUCAGGCCCAGGAAAUGACCAUUGUGAAGAAUGCAAAGGAGGGUGGAUACUACAUAAUGGCACCUGUGUAGACAUUGAUGAGUGCGGUACUGAGUUGGAUAAAUGUCCUCCUAGCAGCUUCUGUGUGAAUACAGAAGGUUCCUUUAAGUGCAAAGACUGUGACCCUGCCUGUGUGGGCUGUAUGGGCAGCGGACCAGCUCGCUGUAGGAAAUGUGCUGAUGGUUAUAGAGUGACAGGGUCCAAGUGCUUGGAUAUAGAUGAAUGCAGUGACAGAGUCCUUGCCUGUCAAGGUCUGGAUGAGAUUUGUGUGAACACUGAGGGCUCUUUCCGAUGUGACUGUGCAGAAGGUUUUAGCCGCAAAAACAAUGUUUGUGUGAAGAAGCAGCUUCCUAGUAUUCAUGAGAAAGGUCUGUUUGAAGAUAUUCAGGAUGAUGAGGUGGUGGUGCUGCAGCAGAUGUUUUUGGGGGUGGUUCUUUGUGCUCUGGCCACACUGGCUGCUAAAGGAGACAUGGUCUACACAUCUAUAUUCAUGGGAGCAUUAGCAGCUGUUGCAGGGUACUGGCUUUCUGACAGAGGAGACCGAUUCUUAGAUAGCUUCCUAAAGGGACGUUGAAACUAAAUUCUGUGGUAGAAACACAAAUGAAUGUGCCAGCUACUGUUCAGAUCAUUUUUGCUCUUUUUUUUCUUUUUUUUUUUAACAAUAGGAUAAGAAAAGUUAUUGAUGGGAAAAUAUGUAGGCGUGAAUCUUUAAUUUUAAUUGCUGAUAAAUAUUAUAAUCUGUACAUUAUUCUGGCAUUUGGUGCUGCUGGAAAAUUUGCAAAGUGUAACUUCAAUUAAAAACAAUUUAAAUCAUGAGUAUGCACAUACUAGGCCUUAGUACAUUUGAUUGCUAUAAUGGAUCGGCUUGAUAAUGUCUUUGUAUUGUUGUUUG